AUGCACAACAGGGAGCUGCGAAGGCCAAAUACGGACGAUGUCACUCUCCUCAAACAACUGGAUAAUCGAAGAUGUAUUAACUGCAACAGUCUGGGGCCUCAAUAUUUUUGCACAAACUUCUGGACAUUUGUUUGCACCACCUGUAGUGGAAUACACCGGGAAUUCACACACAUAGUUAAAUCCGUAUCAAUGGCUAAGUUCACUUCUCAGGAAGUUGCUGUUCUUCAAGAAGGCGAAAACCAGCGUGCAAAAGAAAUCUAUUUUAAAGAAUGGGAUCCUCAGCGUGAUUCUGCUCCUAACAGCAGCAAUUUUGAGAGGCUUCGGGGCUUCAUUAAACAUGUCUGUCGUAACCGUAUCUUCAAUGUCUACGUGGAUAGAAGUGGUGAGAGAAACUAUGACAAGCCUCCUCGAGGAAAGAUGGAUGACAAGGAAGACUUCUAUGAGAAUAAGAGGAUAGAUGGAUAUCAGGGAGGGUCCAGAAGUCCACCAAAUGAAGAUACCUAUGAUCGCCGUUACAGUGAUAGGUCCAGUCCAGGGGGAAGAAAUGAUGAUAGAAAUUCUAGAUAUGGAUCUGAUGAAAGGAGACGUCCUGGAUAUGAUCAAGAAAGUCGACAAUAUGGUGAUUACAGAAGAAGUCCUGCUCGCCCUGAGGUUGUCAAUGAUUGGCGCCGGGAAGAUAGGUUUCGUAAUGAGAGAAAAGCUGAAGAUCGCAUAGUUUCUGACAAAGAUUCAAAAUUAGAAUGGAGGUCACCUGAGCGUCCAAAAGAGUCAUUGAAUCCCCCAAUAGUUCGUCCUGUUAGAGAAAUUUUGGGUGAGAACGUGAUACCCCUUCGUCAGCUUAAGAUCUUCGGUGGAAAUCUAGUAGAAGCCAAGUUGGACACAACUUUUAGCCUAAUUGAUUUUGAUGCUGAUCCUGAACCUCCGGUAGCUCCUACUGUUACUCAGACACAACAAACUACCGCAACGAAAACAAUUGUGCAACCCCCGGCUUUUACCAAUGACAACAACUGGGCCUCUGUUGAUCUUCCCCCUCAGAGAAAUGUUUCUCCGGCUCAUAAUGUGAACAACCUGGAUGCUGUUCUUUCUCAGUUGUCAGUUCCAGCAUCUGUACCUGGUAAUCUGUAUGGAGUAUCUAGCAGUGUCGCUGGUCAGGUACCUGCUCCUGUGGCCAAUGUGAAUUUAUCACCGUCCAAUGUUGCAUUCACAGGGCAGAUACUAACAUUGCCCUUUGGAGCUUGUCCCCCUGCAUCUGCACCAGGUAGCAAUUUCUCAACAUUACCUCCUACUGAUGCUCUGACAGCUGCUUCUUGA